AUGACGAGUCCACUUGAUGAUAAAGCUGGCUCGGCUUCCAUUGCGCUGAGAAGACUGGAAGCUGGCUAUCUCGAUCUUCCGAUGCAUCUAUUCGUACAAGGGGCUCCAAAAGAUGAAAUCCGUCGAGUGCCGUCCAUGGCUUGGCUGAUAUCACACGGCCCAUCCAAGACCAACCUUGUAUUCGACCUCGGCAUCAAGAAAGACGUUCAAAACUACCCACCGGCUGUAUAUGAGCGAAUGAAGCGACUCGUCCAUGCCGAUGUUCCCCAAGAUGUGUUCGAAAGUCUUGAAAAAGGCGGGCUGGAUGUUCAAUCCGAUAUCAAUACAGUGAUCUUCUCGCAUAUGCAUUAUGAUCAUACAGGGGAUCCCUCAAAGUUCGGUCCUGGGGUGAAGUUUGUCGUGGGGCCUGGUGCUGGACGUUUCAUUCGGGGUCCCCAGUCCUACCCCGAGGACCCAAACUCGCCAUAUGAUUCCAGAGGCUUUCCCCUUGACGGUGUGUUGGAACUUCCAGAUGGCAAUGAUAGUGAUUACUGGUCCCCAUUAGGACCUUUUCCGGCCGCUCAUGAUUGGUUUGGUGAUGGAUCUGUUUACUUGAUUCACGCGCCUGGUCAUCUAUCGAGGCAUCCCAAUCUUCUUGUUCAUGACGAGGAGAAUGGAUGGGUCUAUCUUGCCGGAGACACUGCUCACGAUUGUGCUCUUCUGAGCGGGACUAAAAAUGCAGCAAUGUAUCCCGACGAGCAAACCGGGUUACUGAAGUGUGCCCAUGAAGAUAAAGAAUUAGCUGAGAAGCACAUGCGUCUCGUCAAGGAGCUUGAAACAGUCAUCUCUGUCGAGGUCAUCUUGGCUCAUGAUAGUGCAUGGCUUGCUGAGAACAAUCUACGGUUCGGGAUCGAAUCCAAUUGA